UUAAAGUCAAUCUGGAUUGUAAUCGUGUUGAUACGCGAAACCUCUUAUUAGUUAACACAAAAUUUUCUAUUGUUCUAAAGAUUAAAGUUGAAAUAUUUUUGAAUUUGGAAAUCAUUUAAUUAGUCCAAGUUGUGAAACCAAUAACAUAAUAAGCUGUUUGUCAACAAAUCAUUCCAGUGUGGUUUUUUUUUCUACAAUUAAGUUUACGUGGAAAACAAUCAUGUUGAUAUCAGAAAUCGUGGUAAACCUUCAGUUUGCAUAUUUUAUUCUACUGUUUCAUACUGCAGUGUCCAUCAUUGUAGUUUCAACAGUUUCACUUUGCAAGUGUGUCACAAUUUCAAAAGAAUUGCGAACACUGGAAUAAUUUGAUGACAAACCACGCUAUAUUUCAUAGUUUAGAUUCUUGAAUAAUUUUAAAAAUCCAACUUUAAUUGUGCCUCACGAAAGCGGUUCCUAAUAAAUAGCUAUCCAUUUUAAACCGUUUAAAAGCAAAGUGCAAAUAGAAAAUUUCAUGACCAAGAGGGACCUGCAACCACACCGGCAACUCCUAGUUUGAAAUAACAGGGAUAGCAAAUAUGCUAAUAUUUAGCAGAGUUCAUGUCUCUCUGAUUUUCAAUAAUAAAUCACUGCCAUAUGUCAAUCAUUUCGUAAAAGGAAAGGAAAAUGCAAGAGUGGCCGACCGAAGGGAUCUCGUGGAUGACCUGUCCUUUGGGGUCGUAAUCCUAAAGACGGAAUCGAGUUAAAAAUGGACCGAAGAUCAUUAAAAAGACAAGGUUAUUGUCAACGGCUGCUGACGUGCUCGUCUACAGUCAACGGACGAUUUUCCGUAUAAAAGACACUCCGGUGGAACUUUGAUUUCACAUCCAAUUCGAAUCACCUUCGUAUCGCUUGUUUCUUUUCGUGCACGGACCCAGAAAUUCAACUGAAACGAAAGAGUCGACAUGAUGGCCCGAGAAAUUGAAAUCUUUUUGUCUUUAACUUUGAUUUGUACUACCAUCUGGGCUUGUAAGGAUGGCCAAGUCGACCAACUGACAGCCAGGCAAGGGUUGGAUGGUCUUUUGAAUGAAAAUUCUUACCCCACCAACUCGUGGGUGUUUCCUUACUACUACAACAUCCAGCCGCAAGUGCCAUUUGCAGGAUAUGCCAACUCGUACGAAGGGCGAAUCCCCUUCAACAGAAAGCCACCAGGCUAUUUCGCAAAUGUCAAUGCCGAUUACUACAACAGCCAAGAAGGUCGUUUAGGUUUCGGUAAUUUGGGUGCCAAUCUGUUCAACACGGGCCUGCUCAGCAAUUUAUUUACACCGUUGACGCCGUUGGCCAACCUCAUCAACAGGGUGGUGGAAGCCUGUACGUCACCCAGUGGCGAAGCCGGAGUGUGUUCAACAGCGUCGGCCUGUUCCUCAAUUUCUGGACGACCAAGCGGUUCCUGUACUCAGGGCAGAGUCUGCUGCGUCAAUGUAGUCAACGCUUGUGGUAACAACGCCACGCGCAACAACACUUACUGGCAAUCUCCCUUUACGUCCGUGAGUUCUCCUUGCUCGUUGACCGUUCACUUGGACAAUAAACUCGCGCAACAAGCGUCGCCUAUUUGCCAAAUUCGGUUGGACUUUGUUUCGUUUACGACCGCCCCGCCAACAGACGGAACAUGCACCGACACUUUUACAGUUGAAGGAGCAACGACUGUGGCUCCUACUAUUUGUGGAGUUAAUUCCGGACAACACAUGUACCUUGACGUCCCUUCAUCGGCCACUACUCCCACCGAUGUCAAGCUGAUAUUCAAAUUUGCAACUGGAACAGCCGCUCCAACAUGGAACAUUAAAAUCGCUAUGCUCCCUUGUGGUGCAACUUAUCUCGCUCCGGCGGAUUGUCUUCAAUAUUUUACCUCCGCUACAGGCAGAGUCAAGUCGUUCAACUGGCAAGACUCCGCUGCUGCUCGCCAACUCAACAAUCAGAACUACAACAUUUGCUUCCGGACUGAACUCGUUUCAGGAUCGAGGGCAACCCAAAUGUGCGUCUCAGUUUGUACUGAAGUCACGAGUGGCGACGCCUUCUCUAUAACCACGCCGCCCCAAAGUGCUUUCGACUUAGCAGCCCCCACCGCCGGUGCAGCCGCCUUCGCCGCAACCCUUUCUUCUAUAGGCACAACAUUUUUUGACGCCUCAGUACCCCCUUCAGCUCGUGUGAGUGUUGCCACCUGCCUCUACGAUUACCUUCUCAUCAACGGAGGUAGAGACGCCAAUAAUGUCGAGGCCGACCGUUACUGUGGCAACGCACUCAACCCUGUUGCUCUUGGUACUCCAGCUACCGCUGCUGCAGCACUUGCUUUGGCUACUCCUUUGACAUUAACAAAACAGACUCCCGGUGGAUUAGCCACCAGUACACAAGUGUGCACCCCGGUCAAACCAUUUAAAAUGACCUACCAUACCGAUGGACAAGAAACGGUGGUGGUUGCGGCGACCAAUACAAUUGGAGCGCUAGCCGAUACAGCCAAUACUGGAUUCUGUCUUGACUAUCAAGAAAAAUAGACAAUCUUCAUCGAUGACUUUCUUAAUUUUAUCCUGGUGAUGGAUUUAUUAUUUUUUCCUUACAAGGCUAUUUUGUUGCAAGUAAUUUCACAAGACUUUUUUUUCCCUAGCUGACAAGAAUUUUGAAAUGUUAUUUGCUUCGUUUCUGAAGUCGGUUUUCAUUGUAUAUGCAAGUAAUUGCAGAGUGCAAAGCUAUGCCCACAAUAUUGAAACGUAAAAAAAAAAUAGGGAGACUACUUCGCUGUUAGAAAUUGUAGUAUUCUUCGGAUUAGACGGAUUAGACGGAUUCUACAUCUUUUAUUUUACCGGCAAUUUUUCCAACAUAGCUAUAGAUGAAUUUAUUCAUGAUAAAUAUUGUUCAGUCAGCUUAACAGUGGAAAAUUGUGUCUUACUUCAUGCUUUUAUUUGUACAACCCCAAAUGAAAACUUAUUCACUCGCGAUAAUCAUCUCUAUUGUGCUUGUUUGUUAUCACUAAAUACUACACCAAACAUUUUGAAGAAUUGUCUGUUUUGAAAAAAUGUGUCUUUAAAUAAAAAGCUUUCUUCUGAAUUUGAAUUUCACGGAAUACGCAA